AUGUGCAACUCCUGUUGUGGAUCCUGCUGUUCCGGGCAGGGCUGUGGCUGCUGCCAGCCCAGGUGCUGCCAGACCACCUGCUGCAGGACCACCUGCUGCCGCCCCAGCUGCUGCUGUAGCCCCUGCUGUGGUGGAUGUGGUGGCUGUGGUGGCUCCAGUGGCUGUGGUGGGUGCGGUGGCUGUGGUGGCUCCAGUGGCUGUGGUGGGUGCGGUGGCUGUGGCUCCUGCUGCUGUCGGCCCAUCUGCUGUAGGACCACCUGCUGCAGGACCACCUGCUGCCGCCCCAGCUGCUGCUGUAACCCCUGCUGCGGUGGUUGCGGUGGCUGUGGUGGAUCCAGUGGCUGUGGUGGGUGCGGUGGCUGUGGUAGCUCCAGUGGUUGUGGCUACUCCUGCUGUCGCCCCACCUGCUGCCAGACCACCUGCUGCAGGACCAUCUGCUGCCGCCCCAGCUGCUGCGGUAGCCCCUGCUGUGGGGGUUGCGGUGGCUGUGGUGGCUCCAGUGGCUGUGGUGGGUGCGGUGGCUGUGGUGGCUCCAGUGGCUGUGGCUCCUGCUGCUGUCGCCCCACCUGCUGCCAGACCACCUGCUGCAGGACCACUUGCUGCCGCCCCAGCUGCUGUGGCUCCUGCUGA